AUGUUUGCUCGUGCUGAGUUUUACAGUUCUUCUUAUUUAUGCGUUUCCUCGCUUUGUGACUUUGCGAACCUUAGACGUUUGGUCUUCAAUUUUGGCUGCAUGCACCGCGUUGUGGGUAUCACCACUUGCCAUGGAGGGAACUCAUGCAGCAGCUCUCGUUCCGCGGGCCUAUGGGGUAAUUAUGGUACUGAGCGUUAUCUGGGCGGCACGAUGGCGGACUGCUUUCAUUGGGCAAUGUUCCUCGCUGCGCGGUGGGAAACGGAAGCUGACAUUUUCCGGACCGAGCUAGUGGCUGCGCGUUCGGUGUUGAGUUGCGUUUGCGACGUUGUUGUCGAGCUUGAUGGCGAUUUCUUGUUGCAGGACGAUUCUCCCCAGCUUAAAGACAUGCUCAUAUUAAAUCCCCAAAGAUCUCUCAUGGGUACAGAUCUGCGAUCGUUUCUGGCGUCCCAAGAGGACUACCAUAAGUUCACCAGUCAGUUGAGGCGAUCGCUGAGUGGUGACCUGAUCAAUAGAGAGGCGAGGCUUAGUUCAACCUUUCACGUCCACAUGAAGGACAGCUCCAACGCGCCGAUUAUCGUCGAGACGUACUCCGUGCUAUUGCACAUUCGAGACGGUCAGGUGAGAUAUCUCGUCGGCAUUCGGGAGUUCACCGACACCAACCCGAUGUCGUUGAUGACGGAGAGCCCGUCGGCGGCGCGACGGAGCGACCUGCGCGGACGCGAGGGGCCGCGCGACGCGGACCCGGCGGUGGUCUCCAGGGAAACGAGCACGAGCUCCGCGUGGAGCUCCGCGAGCUCUUCGCUGGACGACACCGACGGCACCAGCGCGGUUGGAGCGCCGCCGUCCAAGGAGAGCCCGAGUUUAGUGUCUGGAUCGAUGUCCUGA